AUUUACCAAAAAAUGUUUAUCUUGCAGUUAAAACUCUUACUCCUGAAAUUUUAUCAGAAUAUCAAACUCAAAAAGCAUCAGAAUAUCAAACUCAAGAAGCAUCAAAAUAUCAAAAUCAAGAAAUAUCAGAAUAUCAAACUCAAGAAGCAUUGGAAUAUCAAAUUAAAGAAAUAUCAAAAUGUCAAUUACAAGAAUAUGAUGAUUCUAUUAAUCAAGACUUAAUUCUGUUUAAAAA